AUGUCAGAGUCUGUAUCCCUCGCGCUCUGUCUCUCGUCCGCCACGAUCCUUCGCUGUCCUUCGCUCACUCGAUUUCAAAAUGUCAUCAUUGUCAUCCCGACGGUACUCGAAGUCGUCUUCGGCACUGCUCUAGUCGUCGUACUUUGGAACUCGGGACACAGACGACAUCUUCUUCUGACUUGCGAAAGCUGGAUAUACAUCGUUCUUACCGUCCUCGACCUUCUUUCGCAUGUCCUCGACUCUGCUCGCACGAACGUCAAUGUCUUUUCUGCGUUUGACAUUGCCACGGGCGUCGCCUCUUUCCUUCCCCUCUUCUUUUACACCUUCUUUCUCUACAUUUACGCCAACUCCGAGCUCCUCUCCAAUACCCCAUCCCUCAACAAACGGCUCAGCAAAGUGGGGAGUCUGCUUUUGCUGCUCGCCAUCCCCCUCAUUAUCGGCGGGAAUGAAGUCGCUUCCUUCAUCGGUGUUCAACGGAUCGUUGUCGACCGCCAAAUCCUCAUUGGCUUCGAGAACCGCGGAGCCUUUACCGUCAACAUGUUCUUCUCCUCCCUCACCUUGGCAUUACUUGUUCUCUUCCAAGGCGUCGUCUUCCUCGUCUCCUUCUUCCGGCUCAUCAUCGCGCUACUGAAUCAACGCAAGUUCCGUACGACGGGUAGGGACGCGGCACAUCUUGUUCGAGGUGUCGCCUGGUUGAGCAUCGGAAUGAAGUUUGGUGCCAUUGAAACGGUCAUCGGUUUUGCAGGCGGGGGAUUUGGUCUCGUCCUCACUCGUCGCAUUUUUCGGUUCGUAGCCAGGGCUUGUCUAUGCUUUGGAGUCAUCAAAGGCGUCGACGAGAUCUCCGACUUUAGGGCUGUUCAGAAAGAAAUGCUUGAGAACGGUCGCGCAAAAUACUUCAAGGGCGAUUCCCGUGGCAUCCGGGACCUCAUCUCCAACCCUCGUCUCAGCACUUUCAAGCAGUUGUCACCUACCGCUAGGGAAUUCUACAGUGUGCCCCGCGGCUACGCUUUCAACGACCACACCUUUGACUACAACAAGGAAGAGAAAGUUCCCUUCGACUCUCCCAAACACUCGCCUGCAACGUCCAAUUUACACUCCCUUCAUGAACUCCAGGGAAUCGCCACAUUCGCGAGCUUGAAGGAGAAGGAGGAAGAGUCCGAGAAGGAGAGAAAGAAUGCUGAACAGCGUGUCACGAUUGGUUACCGGGAUGGAAGACCUACUUUGCACCUUCGGUUGUCAUCUGGGCCCAAGUUCCCCAGCCCGACUCACAUCUUGGACAGGGUCAAGUCACGGGUCUCGAACGGGAGCAGUGGCGGUUUCGAGAAGGUCUCUAUCCCAGAGACCGAGAAGCGGUCCGUGUAUAGCUGGCGCACUUCGGUUAUGUCGUUCAAGACCAACGGAUCGCCUGACCCUAUCACCCUCUUGCGGCCAAACGUUUCCUCCCUCCUCAUGAUGCACACCCGGUCAAUGAGCGAAGAUUUGAAGCCACCCAGUAUCAACCAGAACAGGGAAUCGAUCACCGCUUCACUUGCUUCGAGGGUAGAGAUCGUGGCCGCCCCACAGAGGACUGUGUCGGUUUCCAAGCAUCGACCCAAGCUUUUCAGCGUCUCCAAUACGCUCAAACUGAUGACCGCCUCCACUUCACCUAUCACUGAAGACGGGCCCAAGCCUAUGUUCGCCAACGAAUUCUCCGAAUCCCCCGCCACCUACCGUUCAUCCACAGGUAGCAUGCUCUUCCAACGAACCGAACCCCAAGUCCCACCACCCGUUGCCCAGGCACCCUCUUCCGCUCCUCGAGCCAACCCCCACGUCUCCGUCAUGUCCUCGUACACUGCGACCGACGACGACCUCACGCCGACGGCCAAUCAAUUCCGCAUUGUCUCUGACUACAGCACGUUCAGUGCACGGCGCGAGUCAGCGGCUGUGACGCUCCAGGAAGUGCGAACACUGACGAAGAAGUUCCCCGGGCCACCUAUCACGUACAACGGGCGUCCUCUAAUGGGUGGGCUUGGUCAGACCAUCUACGAGGGAGAGAGUUCGGCACCUACCACGCCUGCGUACCCCGACAACGACAAUGCUCGCGACACUGCCAGGGAGAGCAUGGAUUCAAUGGAGUACCGACCUCUACCACCUCCACCAGCUCGGACUCGCGGUUCUGCAGGGCGCCAACUCAUGGAUAGCCUCAGGUGGAAAGCUGUCCAACGCGCAUCUUUCAUUCAGUCUCCUUUGCGAAACGAAACGCAAUACGACGUCGAUCUCGAAGCUGCUAGGAGCAGUGUCGAUCAAGAUGACGCGGACGACCCUGUUCGAAGCCGGUUUGAUAGGGAAUCCGAAUUUUACGACGAUAACGCGUCUUCACGAUAUUCGAGAGUGGGCACUGUGGCUACUAUGGAUUCGGAUGAUGUGCGCCCGUUGCCCAGCGUGUUUGGAGAUGGUGUAACGAGGGACGAUCAUGGGAAGACACCCAAGGGAGGGGCGUCGAGCAAGUCGCUCAAGUCGAUGGCUUCCAAGACGUCUUCCAAGAUGUCGAAAACCUCCAAGACUUCGUCGAUUAUCAGUGUUGGGACAGCGUUUGGAGCGAGGCCACCUGCUCUUGGAGAGGAUUCGUUGAAGCGGGCGUCGGCCUUGGCUGGAAUGCCUGCGAUGCCACCAAUGAAGAAGGCGACGGGUCCUUAUCCGCUUCUCACUGCCUCCCUUGCCCCUCGGGCUCCCACCACUACCAACGCCCCUUCUCACCCUGUCAGCGUCCCCGUCAGUCCCGAAGAUCAAAGGGCGUCCGCCCGCAUCUCUUCGUACACAACUCUGUCCUCCAACGUCAUGAUGGGUGCCACCGACCACUUGAAGCCGGAAGCAGCACUAGAAGACCCAUACUCGGAGUUGGCUGUCCGUACAGGUGGAUCGACGGAUUUGAGGCAGAGUCGGGGACUCAGUCUUGCGAUGGCUAAGAGCAACUGGCCGACCAAGACGAUGGGCGCUGGAGGGUUACCUACGCCUCCCAUGGAAAGCGCGACCGCCGCCACUCCCCGGGCAUCUCUUGCUGUUCCCUCUACCGAACGUGCACGCAGGCCCCCUUCGAAGAUCAUUUGGAUUACCGAAUCAGGUGAUUCGAAGGAGGGUGCCACCGGCGUACAGGAGCAGGAGAAGCAGGAAGGAGCUGUUGAACAACAACCACAGGAGGACGUUGUUGCUCCUUCUUCGGACGGUGCUUCUGCGUGGAGAGUCGGGAAGCUCGGAGAACCGCUUCGCUCCACGUCGGUUGCGGACGAGGAGCAUCGCCGCCAGCAGAGCAUCGAUGCAGCUGCUCAGGUUCUUUCCAAUUCAAUUCCAUGGCUCAAGAACCCGGAGAUCGAGGAGGAGGAGAGGGAGUUGGCAAAGGCGCUGUCUGCCUCGAGUCUCAAGGUUGGGGGAAGGAACCAAAUCUCGAUUUCAAGGAUUAAGAGUGUCGGCAACGUCAAACAGAGGACUACACCCUCGCCAACUCGGCACCCAGGCGCGACUCGGAAGAGCUUGCACAUCAAGCCGAUUAUGAUCCCUCCUCAAGGCUCGCAUAUGGGCAGGAUGGAGAUUGUCACGGGCGAAAGCACACCGCAAUCUGCGUCGGCUGUGUCUCCUGGACGAACGAGUACGAGUGUUCGAAGAGAUUCGGACGUCUUUGGUGUUGAUGACCAUGCGGCGACCUUAACGGCGCGAUUGACGACGAGACAGGACGAUUAA